AUUUCCAACAAGGAACAGAGGAGCUACCGCAGCACCGAGCCCCUGACAGGAGACCACAAUAACCCGCUGCUGGUGCCACUUUAACGCGGGUUCAUCGGCGUCGUCUCCUCUUUCCUUAAAAAAAAAACGUUUUUAUCCGACACUAGUGAAGAUGUUCAUCGCGGACAUAAGAAAGGAGUUUUAUGAAGUCGUCGCCCACCAGAGAGUCGCCCUCCUGGUGGCAGCAGACAUCGAUGCUCUCUGCGCCUGUAAGAUACUACAGGCGUUGUUCCACUGUGACCAGGUCCAGUACACACUUGUGCCUGUCACUGGCUGGCAGGACCUUGGCACUGCCUUCCUUGAGCACAAAGAGCAGUUCCGGUACUUUGUUCUCAUCAACUGCGGGGCAAAUGUUGACCUCCUUGAGAUGCUGCAGCCGGAUGACGACUCCAUCUUCUUCAUCUGUGACACUCACCGCCCUGUAGAUGUGGUCAAUGUCUACAAUGACACCCAGAUAAAGCUACUAAUCAAACAGGAUGGUGACCUCGGUGUGCCCUCGUACGAUGAUAUCUUUCGAGAUGAGGAUGAUGAGGAAGGAGGUGAUUCUGGAAAUGAGAGCGAUGAAGGCUCAGAGCCGUCUGGGAAACGAAGGAGAUUUGAUGAAGGGGCAGUUGAGAGGAGAAUCGAAAGACAGCGAGCGAAGAGGGAGUGGGAGGCCCGAAGGAGAGAAAUCCUGUUCGACUAUGAGCAGUAUGAAUAUCAUGGGACUUCUGCUGCAAUGAUGUUUUUUGAGCUGGCUUGGGUGUUGACCAAAGACACCAAGGACAUGCUCUGGUGGGCUGUCAUUGGGCUGACGGACCAGUGGGUUCAUGAUAAAAUCACACAUAUGAAGUAUGUAACAGACAUCGCCACAAUGCAGCGACACGUUUCCCGGCAUAACCACCGGAACGAGGACGAGGAGAACUCUCUCUCCAUCGACUGUAUGAGGAUCUCCUUUGAAUACGACCUCCGUCUAACCCUCUACCAGCACUGGUCCCUGUAUGAGAGCAUCUGUAAUUCCUGUUACACAUCAUGCCACUUUAAGCUUUGGACAUUAAACGGCCAAAAGAAACUCCAGGAGUUCCUAGCUGACAUGGGGCUACCUCUGAAGCAAGUGAGGCAGAAAUUCCACUCCAUGGAAAUGUCAAUCAAAGAGAACCUAAGGGAGGUCAUUGAGGAGUCUUCCAAUAAAUACGGUAUGAAGGACAUCCGCAUCCAGACAUUUGGGGUUCACUUUGGCUUUAAGAACCGCUUCCUGGCCAGUGACAUGGUGCAUGCUACUGCUGCCUUGCUGGAGAGCACUGAGAAAGAUGAGAGCGACAGUGACAACUUCAUCAAGGCUCUGGACUCUCUUUCCAGGAGCAACCUUGAUCGUCUACAUUCAGGCAUUGACCUGGCUAAGAAGAAGCUUAUAGCCGUCCAGCAGACUGUAGCAAGCUGCAUCUGUACCAACCUCAUCCUGUCCCAGGGACCCUUCCUCUACUGCUACCUCAUGGAGGGAACACCUGAUGUGAAGCUCUUUUCUAAGCCCAUGGCCUUGACUCUGCUCUGCAAGUACCUCCUGAAGGCUUUUGUCCAUUCUACGAGGAAUAAGCGCUGCAAACUGCUUCCCCUCAUCAUGGCUGCGCCCAAGGAUGUGGAGAAGGGGACAGUCAUUGUUGUGGGAAUCCCACCUGAGUCUGAAACAUCUGACAAGAAGAAUUUCUUUGGUCGAGCAUUCGAGAAAGCUGCAGAGAGCACCAGCUCCAGAACUCUUCAUGACCACUUUGACACUUCAAUAAUUGAGCUGAAGACGGAGGACAGGAGCAAGUUUCUAGACGCACUCAUCACCCUCCUGUCGUGAGAGGAAAUGUGAGCAUGAGUUUUAAGAUGGAGUUCUUGGUUUGAGUCUUGACCUGUGCUGCUUCUGUUAACGUCUUUAUGUUAGAUGGGACUGAGAUAAAUCGGUCCCAUCAGAAACAUACAGAGUCACCAGAACAAGAACUUUGUCCAUGUUUUUAAAAUCAGAUUUGUGUGUAUAUUGUACAGUCUUGUUGUAAAUGUUUGGAUGUCUUAUUUUUGCUUUAUAUUCUUGUAACAUUUGUCUUUUAUUCCCAUCUUUGUAUGUGAGUGGUUCACCACAUUUUUACAUUUUUAAACAUGUUUAAUAAAUCAUCGUAAUUCA